GCCCCCUUCGUCUGCUCUCGUAUCCGCUUGCCCACAAUGACGAGGUGUACGGCGUCUCGUUUACACUCUUGUGUGUGUGUCUGCAAGUCCGGAACGGCUCCUCCGCCAAAUGCGAGAAGCGCUAGCAGAAUGCGGGAGUAGAGUCAAAGUAGACGAAUUCAUUGCCGGAGACCGGCCUUCGAGCACCUUCAGAGGCGUCGAACGCAGGUGUUAUCUCUGGCAGACGGGGUAAAUUAGUCAAGGGCCAAGGAUCGUCCGCAGAAGGCGAUGACGAAAUAGGUCAAUGGCAGAUGUGCAUGGCAAUGCACAUGACCUCGGCGCCGUCGUUAACAAAGACGAACCCACUUCACACGCGCCCGACCAAUUCCAAAUUCCCGCCAGGUUUUGUCAUCGUCCCCCGUCGACCGCUCUAGCGCCUGGCGUUUCAGUACGCGCCCGGGUGUCCGUCUAUGCCCGUCGCCAUCCGACCUCUCAAACGCGUCUUUUAGCGUCAGAGAGUAAGCACGGGGAAACGGUGCAGGUGCGUGCACAUACCGCGAGUACUGGUGCAUGCGUUUCUCUUGCCAAUCGGAGCACGGAGCAACGAUAACCAUCCUACGCUCAUUGGCCUGCGGACCUAUCAGCCGCCGUCGACGCUGGCUGUGGAUAUCAUCACAGAUGCUGACCACGGACGUGCACGGGAGGUGACUAACCGCACGUGAUGCGGGGAAAGCGUGCUCGUCCUCGACUGUGCCGCCGCCCAUACAUAAAGCCUGCUCCGGGAGACCCGACAACCUCCAUCCGUUUGGUUUCACUGCCAUGUCCUUUGCAGCACUGCGCGCGUCCCUCCACCGGGCUGCUGCCCCCGCCCCUGCCGCUUUCAGGCGCUCUGCCGUUCGCUCGAGCGUGCGCAGGUACUCAACAGAGCCGCCCACCCCCACACCCGCUCCCAAGUCGAGUACCGCGCUGUAUGCAGGCCUCGGUGCUGCUGCCCUCGGAGGCGUCGCAUUCUGGGUCUUCACCUCCCAAGGUGACUCCGCGAAGACUAUCGCCAAGUCUGGCAUCCAAGGCGCAAAGGCCGCGGCCAAGUUCACGCCCACAAAGGAGGACUAUAUUAAGAUUUACAACAAGGUCGCUGAAGUCAUGGAUGAGGCUGCUGAUAAGGACUACGAUGACGGAUCUUAUGGCCCUAUCUUCCUGCGUCUCGGCUGGCAUUCUUCUGGCACUUUCGACAAGGAGUCCGGCACCGGUGGAAGCAACUACGCGACCAUGCGGUUUGCGCCCGAGUCCCAGCACGGCGCGAACAACGGCCUGCACGUCGCGCGGGAGCUGAUGGAAGAGAUCCACAAGGAGUUCCCCUGGGUCUCGUACGGCGACCUCUGGACGCUCGGUGCCGUGACGGCCAUCCAGGAGAUGGGCGGGCCGCACGUGCCAUGGCGCCCGGGGCGCAUCGACGGCGUCGCGGCGCAGGCGACGCCCGACGGGCGGCUGCCGGACGGCGCGAAGGGCGCGGACCACCUGCGCGCGGUCUUCGGGCGGAUGGGCUUCGACGACCGCGAGAUCGUCGCGCUCUCGGGCGGCCACGCCGUCGGGCGCUGCCACCGCGACCGCUCGGGCUGGGACGGCCCCUGGACGUUCUCGCCCGCGACGGUGAGCAACUCGUUCUUCAAGCUCCUCUUCGACGAGACCUGGGUCUGGAAGAAGUGGGACGGCCCGCGCCAGCUCGAGGACAAGGGCACGCGCUCGCUCAUGAUGCUCCCCACCGACUACGUCCUCGUCCAGGACAAGAGCUUCAAGAAGUGGGCCAGGGCGUACGCAGACGACGAGGAGCUGUUCUUCAAGGACUUCGCCGGCGUUUGCGUCAAGCUCUUCGAGAACGGUGUCCCCGCCCACCAGUGGGUGACCUCCGAGCCGUGGAUCAUGCCAACCACCGAGGAACAGAAGGAGGCCAAGUCUUCUUAAGUCACUAUACCGCCCCAAACUAGAAUCCUAGACGGCUUGUCCUAGAAGUGCAUCCCCUAGAACCGCAACUUAAACGUCCAGUCGGUAAACUUCCAAUGUUGUCGCUGCCCAAUGCCUUGUGGACUUUUCCGGCGUAAAAUAAUCUGUGAUUUGUCGUUGUGGCAAACUUAAACAUCUCUUGGUUCACUGGCGCUGCUAUAUAUCUAUCGUUGUCUUCUUUGUAUUCCUGGGUAUCA